UAAAAGUUUGACACAACAGCAGAGCACGAUGGAAGGUGAGUGCAGGAUUGUCCUUCUGGGCAAAACAGGAUCAGGAAAAAGCAGCCUGGCCAACACAAUUCUUGGGGUUGAAGACUUGUUCACAGUUUCAGAUAAAUCAGUGUCUGAGACGUCGACUUGUCAAUCAGAAACUGGAAACAUCUACAACAAAACUAUCAAACUGGUGGACACCCCUGGAGUCUUUGACACCAACCCAAGAAGCAACGAUCUGAGCCCAGAGCUGCUGAGGUGUCUAUUAGAAUGUGCCCCUGGACCUCAUGCCUUUCUACUGGUGCUUAAAGUGGAGAGGUUCACCAAACAGGAGCAGGCCGUGGUGGAUGUGAUACUCAAGUACUUCUCUGAGGAGGCUCUGAAAUACACCACACUGGUCUUCACUCACGGUGACCAGCUAAAGAAGGGGGUUACCAUAAAGGAAUGGGCCAUAGAUAAUGAAGCCCUAAGCACCCUGAUUCAGAAAUGUGGAGGUCGCUGUCAUGUGUUUGACAAUAAACACUGGAACAACAGUCAGGAUCCAUACAGGAACAACCAGCACCAGAUCAGAGAGCUGCUCAAAACCAUCGACCAAACUGUGCAGAAGAACGGAGGGACAUGCUACACCAAUGAGAUGUUAACAAUGAUUAAUGAGGAUAUACAAGAAGAGGUGAGAAAUAACUCUGCUUCAAGCAACUUAGCCCUGGCAGACAUUUGGCAAAGGGCCAAAGAGGUGGUGUACAACAAACUCAUGAGAAAUAUGGAGGGUGCUUUGACUGGGGUCGUUCUGGGGGCUCUUCUGGGAGUGACAGUGAUGGUGACUCUUGUAAUGAUGCGCUCUCCAGGCCUGCUGCAGUGUGUGGCUGCGGCGGUGACAGGAGCAGGGGUGGGAGGGGUCAUAGGGGGGCUGGUGGGGGCCUGGGUGUCUGAUAGGUGGAGCUCGCCCACAGAGAUGGUGCAAGACGGUGUGGUGUUCAUCAGAGAAGUGGAGACACUUAUGGCAGAGGCCAACAACACUGCCAUUGCUGGACGUGCCUUAGUCCAACGCACACUCGCUAUGGAUGAGGGCUUCUUGUACCCGGUGUAUUUCGAGUGUGCGGACCUGCUCCCAUCCCACGAGAAGACGGUGGAGAGGUAUUUCCGGAACAGACGUAAAUCCGGUGGAGGCGAUGGUGGUCCGCUGCGCAAAGACCACAAGGGGGUCUACAGUAUUUGGUUCAAGCAUCAAAAAGAUCAACAUGAAGUUCUCCGCAGGAAAAAUCACACAGUGCAUAUUGGAAAUGGUUCACUCGAGUUUUCUGUCAGAGAAGCCCCAGUGUCCUCCUCCUCCACCCCCCAAACCAGCGCCAACCAGGAACCACCCCAAGACGACAGAUCAGACUGUGCGACUACCACAAAGGCCUAUACUGGCUCAAGUCUUCCUCCCAGUGGUGAAAAUUAUGAACUACAAGUGGAUCGUUUCCUCCUUCAUUACCUAAAGGACUGCCCAAAAGUUGAGAAAUUGCUCCGUGAACAAUUAGAACUUUUGUCCUGCACUGCUGACUUGUACCCAGAAGAUGAGAGAGUGGUGGUAAAGAGGUGUGGUAGUACUAGUGGUAGUACUAGCGAUGAUAACUGGAAAACUGACAUUUCUGCACUUUUUGAGAGAGUAAAAAAUCAUUACACUUGUUACUAUGAAACAGAUCCUGAUAAAGUACAAUAUUUGCUUGACUCAAGCAGCUCUCAAACUGCAGAUGACGUCAAAGUUUAUAGUGAGUUUGGCUUAGUUGUUGUAGUUGGGGAAGUUUCUCAGGUUGACACUUUACUGAAAUCACUACAAGAAGAGAUCAUUUGGCCACUUGGUGAGGCAAAAUUACGGCUUUUGUGGAACCAAAUUGAAAAGAGUUUGGAAAAAGAAUUCCCAAAUAUAGAAGUGUCUCAGGAAGAGGGAGGGAAGUUGGUUCUUAAAGGCAAUGCAACAGAGCUUUUCCAAGUGGAUGAGGUUAUUACAGGUCUUAACCAUAAGGUGAUAGAGAGGACGCUAUCUAAUUUCAAUCCAUGUUUUCUGGUCUUUUGGAAGAAAGCAUUUGGAAAACCAGGAACGCUUUAUGAUUCCGUAGGAUUGGGUGUUGAAGUUGAAAUUGAAAUCAGAGAAGCAGAUCUGCGACUUUUGUCUUUCUGCUCAAGAAGUUUGGAUGAAAUGGAACGGGUUUUACAAACACAAUUUAAGAUGGAAGAAAUUUCUGUUGCAAACAUGUCAGUGUAUACAUUAAGAGAGGAAAUUAGACCAGUCUUCAGAAGAAUGAACCGUGACGCAUUCAGAGUUGAUGUGCUGGCUUCAUCUGAUAAUGUUAUUUACCUAGUGGGUCACACCAAAGAGGUUAAAGAGUUACAUGAGUAUAUUACUCAAAUGACAGACAGCUUACAGGAACAAAAUGAACCACAAGAAUCAGCAGGCAAGUCUGCAAGGUUGUCACAUUGUACUGACUUGAAUGCAAUUUCUCCACCAGUACAAGAGAUUGAUUCUGCGCAAGUCAAUGAACGAAUGUCAAAUUUACGUUUAGGUAGAGAAGCAAAAGUUAUGGCUAGAUAUUUUCUGAACGAAGAACUGGAGGUUAUAGUUUGUCUGGGUGACAUCACCAAACAGGAAGCUGAUGCCUUGGUAAAUGCGGCUAAUGAGGAUUUAAAACACAGCGGGGGCGUGGCUUUGGCUCUGAGUAAUGCCGGUGGUCCCGAAGUACAGAUCGAGAGCAGUGCUUUGGUUGAAAGUUAUGGAAAAAUCAGGACAGGAGAAGCCGUUGUGACAAGUGGAGGCAAGUUAAAAUGCAAGAAGUUGAUACAUGCGGUUGGACCUAUGAGUGGCAAAGGAGAUGGAAGUGAGAAGGUUUUGAUACAGAAAGCUAUCACCUCAGCUUUGGGUCUAUGUGAAAUAAUGGAGUUCAGUUCAAUAGUGUUGCCCUGUAUAAGUUCAGGUACGUGUGGAGUGCCAGUGGAAUUGUGCACUGAAGCUAUAGUGAGUGCAGUCAGGACGUUUGGUGCAGUGGAGGGGCGAAGUUUGAAGACGAUCAUCCUCAUAGACAAUAGGAAGAAAGUGGUGCAGUCACUGAAGGAGGCGUGCAGCAGGCUGCUCCAGGACAUGCCACCAGGGGGAGACAGUCCAGUCACAGAAGCAGCAGUGAGUCCCCACUCUAGGGGGAAUGUGAGAGUUGACUUCAUCCAAGGCACCAUUGAGACGCAACAGGUGGAUGCAGUGGUUUCUCCGAUGCAUGGUGGUGAUCUACUCUCCACUCGAGUUGGGAACUGUUUAUAUGAAGCCGUUGGAUCGCAGCUCAGAGACAGUUAUUCCAAACAAGACGGUGGAGAGACACCAGGGGACACUGUGCUGGUGGAGGGGCUGAAGGAAGCCAUGUUUAACGCUGUGUUUUUUGUGCAUCUCCUUCAAUGGGACAAUGACCUUGAUGGAACCGCAGUGCAGGUGAUGAGGCUGGCAAUCGGUAAUGUGCUAACCUCGUGUGAGAAUCAGGGCUUUACCUCAGUGGCUUUCCCAGCUCUCGGAGCCGGGAUGAUCCUUCGUUUUCCAGAGAACGUUGCGGCGCAAGUCCUACUGGAAGAAAUCCACAGUUUUAUCCAACAACGAACCAGCAAAACUCCAUUCACGAUCAACAUUGUCUGCCCUCCAAGUAACCAAGAGCUAGAAAAGACUUUCAACAACAUCCAGGAAACUUUGGAGCAUCCUGUUCCCCAAGACUUGGAGUCAAUGCGGAUUAUCCUUUUGGGAAAAACUGGAUCAGGGAAGAGCAGCUUGGGGAACACAAUUCUGGGAGAGGACUUUUUCAAAACUGACGACACUCCCAACUCCGGGACGAAGCAAUGCCAAUCCAAAACCAAAUCAGUCAACGGGAAAAACAUCACCCUUAUUGACACGCCUGGUUUAUUUGAUUCGGCACGUCCAGAGGAGGAGCUUAUGCCAGAAAUUCUAAGCUGUUUUACCGAAAGCACUCCGGGCCCGCACGCAUUCAUAAUCCUGCUAAAAGUCGAAAAAUUCACCACGCAAGAGCAAGCCAUCAUCACGAAAAUUUGCCAAUACUUUUCCAAAGAAGCCUUACAAUACGCUACUGUUGUCUUCACCCAUGGCGACCAACUUCCUUCGGGCAUGAAUAUUGAAACAUUUAUCAAACAAAACAAAGGACUGAGCGAGCUAGUCCAAAAAUGCGGUAAUCGUUGCCAUGUUGUUGACAAUUCAUACUGGAACGAUCACCAGUCAGACCAGUACAGAAGUAACCAAUAUCAAGUUGAGGAGUUGCUCGAAACUAUUGAGGAAAUGGUAAAAUCAAACAACUGGGGAUAUUAUACUAAUAAGGCAUUCAAAACGUUCGAGAAAGACAUUGAGAAGGAGAUGGAAGAAGUUAGCAAAGAAUCGAACACAUUUGUCCCACCAGAAGUUAUCAGAAAAGAAGCCAAGCAGCGCGUUUCUAAUAGGUGGUUGAUCAGUCUUACAGGUAUCGGCACAGGAGCGUUACUUGGAGCUUUUUUUGGAGUUGAAGCAUUUGUUAGACUGAUCAUCACUGCAGUUGAAAAGGCAGUGUUGUUGAAACCUGCGCAGAAGCUAGCAUCGAUGGCAGGGUUAUCCAUAGCAACAAGUGAUAUAGUGGCGGCAGGAGCGGUAGGAGCAGCGGGGGCGGCGGCUGGGGGUAUUUAUGGAGGCGUGAUUGGAGGCAGAGCAGCAGACGAAGCCAAUUCAGUGGAAGAGGCUUAUGAGAGGGCUGUGAACGCAGUAAUGAGCACAAGGGAGAGGUAUUACUUGUGAUAAAACUGUCAGCUUUUUUAUUGGUUCCGGUUUCAUUUUUCAUUUAUUGUCCUUUCCCCAUGGAGAAAUUUGGCUCGGUGCAGGAUUCAGUAGCAUUUACAUACAUGACAAAAGACUGAAAGAACUGGACAAUAUACAAUCACUCAGGCUGCACACAUCUGCACACAAUGUUGUUAAUCGAUUUUAUGAACUGGGUUAUUGUUAUUUUUACAUAAAGGAAACCUGUAUCCAUAGAAGUGCCUAAGAUUCAGAUCUGUUUAAAAUGGAUAAUGCUGACAGUGGGAGUGUGUCUAUCCUUUUAAAUAAUGCAUAAUCUAUACAAAAUGUUGCACUACAAUAAUAAUAAUCAUUUAAAAACUGUUAUUUUGAUGCCAAAUAAUGUUUUUUGUGCACAAAUCUCUCACUUGUUCUGCUUCUGUUCUGAUUCAUGUGUUGGUUCAGCCUUAAUCAGAAUAAAAAUCAGAAAGAAAAAGACCAAAAUGAGAUCCGUUCAGGUUCAGGGACUCAAGGGUUCAAAUGUUUCUCAUGGCGUUAAACUUUUCUAUCUAUGAAUACCAGCAGAUGACGCCACCAGGCAAAGUUACAGGUCAGAUCUGUGGUGAUGCAAGCCUGCUCUCAUUAAGAAGGCAUGUUUUUUUGUCCGAAAUGCCUAUAAUUAAGUACAUGUUGGAUGCGGUAUUACAAAUCCAUUACAUCUCUGUGCAGGUGGCGUGAACCCACCACCAGAAAAGUUACACAGCACACCUUUAAACUUUGUUAAUUGCUCAUCAAAAACAAAUUUCAGAUGAUUUUUUCUAUGCAUCGGAAACCCCUUCUAUAAUUUUCUUUUUA